AUGCCGCCUCAUAUCACUAUACCUGCGGCUUCGCCAACAUCUGCUCUAGAUGCACCAUCUUGUGUUGAUACCUCUGUCAUAGAGACAAGUAUGCAAUACGUGGAUAAUACGGAGAAUAGUGUCGAUAGACAGAGUCAAGAUCGGGAUGACGACGUAGCUUCAGUGGCAUCAACGACUCGUUACGAACACGAGCCGUUCGAGACCUUCCAGCACAAAGUCGCCGAAUUCGCCACCGAACAUUUUCACCGAAACCCUAGGGACAUCUCGAUCCAUCAGAUGAAGGGUGGGGCCAACAAUCGAGUCGUCGGGAUUAAGAUAGCAUCAAAGUCAAAGAAAUUUAGUUUGCACUGGUUCCUAUGCUGCUGCUUUGGCGCACGCAAGAAGACAUCUGCCACAAGGUUCGACUCAUACAUUAUACGAAUCCCACGUGUGGAGUUUUCAGGUGACAGCCGUGUCGAAGAUAUGGCCGAGAGCAUGAAACGCGAGCUAGCGAUCCUAAAGACGGUCAGUUCACGGGUACCUUUACCGGUUCCCAAAGUUUUCAGUUACGAUCUUUCCACUGAGAAUAUUUGCGAACGACCGUAUAUGAUUCAGACGCGCCUUCCAGGCCGGAACCUUCGAUUAGAGCUAUGGCAUCAACUCAACAUGCAGCAAAAGCAGUGUGUUGCGAAAUGUGUCACUAGUCUCGCUGCUGCCAUCGCUUCAGUCGAAGGACCGGCAGGCGAUAUCUCGCCUGAAAACUUAUCACGCCCGUCCAGUUCCCCAAUCUGCGUCGAUACAUUCUCUACACCGGCUUACGAUAACCAACCGACAUGCAAGCCGGCAUUGGCACGCAACCCUAUUGAUCAUCUGUUAGAGCAAUGUGAGCGGUGGCGCGCAUGCGAGAAAGCUACUGCAUGGUGCUUCGAAGAGAUCUGGGACGGCUUUGCAGCGAUUUCAAGAGCUCUGGAAAAGCGCGGCUUUCUACAUGGGCCGUGCGUACUUGUCCACGGCGAUCUCAUGCCGUAUAAUCUCCUGGCAGAGGUUUGCAAUGAGACCGAUGUAAAUAUCACAGGUGUUCUCGACUGGGACUUAGCUGUCAUCGCGCCAGAGUUCAUGGCAUACAGAGCGCCAUUCUGGCUUUGGUCACCGGAAGACAUGGAUAGUGAUAACGAAGACGACGAGAAUAUGGCGAACUUUGAGCCUGUUGAAGAGGAGGGAAAGAUAUUGAAGCAGGUUUUUCUUGAGAACGCGUCGGAGAAGUACAAAUUCUACGCCUUCGCACCAGAGGCGAUGCUCGCUAGACGCAUGUUCUAUAUAUUGAAGAUCGGUCACCCUGGUGAUUGGGAGUUUGAGGAGGCGAAAAGCGUGAUACGGGAGUGGAAUGAACUCCAUCCUGAGGACGGAGUUCAAUCUGUUCUUUCUGGUACGGAUUCUGAAUCUGACGAAGACCAAGAUGAGAACGAGUGA